GGCGCCAGACUAAUGAUUGUGCAAGCAUAACCAUUAAUUUUCUACUGUGGCAGAGAUGGCGACUAACUGCAAAUUGUCCCACAAAUUUGUAAGGUGUCUUACUUUCUCCUCGGCUGUUUCAUUUCACGCUUUGGUCGGAAAACAGUUUUCAACAUAACCAAGUUGACAUUGCUGCAAUUAUGGCUGAAUAGCGAGGCGUAGAGUAGCGUGGAACACUGGCACUCUAUGCCCUAUCGACGCACGGUGUUUAUCUGAGACGUGGAAGUGCUGUACAGUAACAACUCCCAGAUCUUAAGGCCACAGACAUCACCAGCACUUUUCUUAAAGCAGGGGGUGUCUUCAUCAGAGGACCAACGGUGCAGGCCAUCAUGUCCAAGGCAACCAAGCGAAAACACGUGACCAGGGAGGUUCUGGAUGAGUACACUCUACCCGAAGAUCAUCAGCAGAUUGUUAAGGUGACCGCAAGCAGGGGUAACAACCUUCAUGAGGUACAGACUGCGACAGGGGAACAGUUUCUGGUCAGCAUGCCGACCAGGUUUCGCAAAAACGUCUGGAUUAAAAGAGGUGACUUCGUGAUUGUAGACCCCAUUCUGGAAGGGGAUAAAGUCAAGGCUGAGAUAGCGACCAUCCUGUACCCAAAGCAGAUCAAAUAUAUUCAAAAGGAGGGACUGUGGCCAGAUGAGUUUGCAAGCAAACCGCCCAGUGGGGAGUCGGACAUUGCACACGCGGUCAACAAUCUGGACCUGGAUACGAUCACCAAGGAUGUGUCUAAGAUCACGCUGGGAGAAGAGGAUCCCACCAGCCCUGCAGAACAAGAUGACUACGAAAGCGACAGCGAUAAUGACGAUGACUUGUUUGUCAACACCAAUCGCCCCUCGGUGACCUAUUACUACUCCGAGACUGAUGAAGAGGAGGAAGGGGCGGGGCUUAGUGAUGAUGAGGGGGCGGAUGAAGAAGGAGGAGAUGAGGGCGGAGAGAGAUAGGCGUUCCCUCUGCUGGGUUUAGAACAGUGCCACAGUGUUGCAAACGGUUACAUUAGAUAAGAUGCAGCUUGGACAAAUCUAGUUGGAGCUGCCACAUGUUGAGCGCCGUGGCCUCGUGGUCUGAAGCAUUGAGCUCACAGUCUGUGGGAUAAUUCUGCAGGUUGUGGGUUUCGAGUCCAGCCUAGGGUCAUGGUGCGCGUGUCCUUGGGCAUGGCACUUUGUCACUCAUUGCUCCACUCUACCCAGGAGUAAAUGGGUACCUGUGAGGGCAGAGAUGGUUAUUGUGACUGAUUUUAGCUGCUUUGCAUCGAAAUGACAGCAUCGAGCUGUAUACUCCCCAGGGAGCUGAGAUGGUCUUUGGAAUGUUUCAUUACCCCAUGAUCAGGGGAAAUAAUAAUUUAAACCGCUUUGAUCUUAGUUAAAAGCGAAAUACAAGUAUUCAUUAUUAUUAUUACGCACCUAGAAUACUCAAUGUUCAAAAUUUGUUCCGACUGAUGUGGUACGCGGAUAGUAAAUGUCAGAUUUUCAUUUUUAAUUUAUCGUCGGACUGAGGGAUAAUUGCCAUGUGUCGUGAUGUCAGCUGAUCUCCGAUGCCUGAUAAGUGUGGCGGCAGUGGUUGAGCUUACCUGGAACCUUUUGAAUGCCCUUUCGGCUCUAAAGCAUAUACAUAUAGCACCAAGUGAUGAUUUUUUUCAGAUGCAAAUUUCUCCAAUCGCUAAGACAUUGUCAUUGAAAAUUGUAAUACUCUCAAAAUUAUCCAGAUAUUCAUUUGUA